UUCAGUUUGUCGGCGACAGUCGAACGUGGAGCACGAAACAUUCCGACAACAAGCAAACGCACAAUGACAACCACUGGACUUCGACCACUGCUGAGCCUUCUGUUCCUUGGAUUGGGUGUGAUACUCCUCUGUGAUGUCAGCUCCUCGAUUGCCAUAGCUCCGUCCACAUUUGGCACGGCAAUAGCACGUGCUGGGAAGAUAUCCAACCAGCUUAAGGAGACGACGGCAUGGAAGACCCUGACAUCGCAUCCGAACUCGCUUGUCCAACUGUUGCCAUCGAGGGCCAUGCGAGUGGUCCAGGAGGUGGUAAGAUCUCUGCGGGUGAGUCUUCUUCGGCCUUGAACCAUGGCCGCAGCAAAUGCCAAGCGUUUACAGCCGCUUUUGAUUGCCGAAUUGUAAAGUGGUGGCCAAUCAAUUUUCAACUUGGACGUGAACAUGGACAGCUGGCCAAACAUGGAUGCAGGUGCACUUUGGGGCUGAGGUCGACUCAAUAGCAAAGAAAGAGGCUGGCAUAUGCACACACCCCCUAGAUGGCCAGUGAGUCAAGAACUUGGCAGGUGAUCGGAGGCGGGAAACUGGCUUUAUGGAAAUUGACCGAGGCGCUUGCGCAACUUUGGCCAGGCACAUGGCAUACUUCUUUGCGCCGGUUCUAUUCGAGUUCGCACUUCGAUGCAAAUUGGUUGCGCAACUCAGAUUUUUUGCAUUCGCAAGUGGCAGCCAAAUUCGUGGGCCUUGAAUUGAAUUCUUCAGUUAAAACUGAAUUUUACAACUGAAGUUAUCAUUGGUGCUAUACAUAGACUAACAUUGUUUGCUAAAAUCAUUCACAGAAAGAGCGUGAGAUUGUGGCCACUACCUCGUUGGGAAAAGUCAGGGGUCGCUAUCAGAAGUAUCGAUCCGGAGAGCGAGGAGGCUACUAUAGUUUCAAAGGAAUGCGAUAUGGAGCUCCGCCUACAGGAGCAAGAAGAUUCCGUGCUGCGGAGCCGGAGAAGCCGUGGUCUGGAAUCCGUGAUGCUUCUCGGGAAGGUCAGAGCUGUCCGCAUAAGAACAUGAUCCUGGACACUUUCAAGGGAGACGAGGAUUGCCUGUUCGUCAAUGUGUUCACAACCCAAAUGCCCAAGGAUGAUGAGUCUGCAGAGCAGCCAAAGCUUCCUGUUAUGGUUUGGCUGCAUGGAGGAGGUUUCUCCUUUGGCUCCGGCAACUCUUUCCUCUACGGACCGGACUAUCUAGUGGCUGAGGAUAUUGUCUUGGUCACACUGAACUACCGACUAGGUCCACUGGGUUUUCUUACCGCAGGACCUGACGCUCCAGGUAACCAGGGUCUCAAGGAUCAGGUACUGGCACUAAAGUGGGUGCGGGAUAACAUAGCCGCAUUUGGUGGAGAUCCCAAUCAGGUUACCAUUUUCGGAGAGUCAGCUGGAGCUUCGUCCGUCCAGUUGCUCCUCCUGUCCUCCCAGGCCAAGGGACUUUUCCACCGAGCGAUUUCCCAAAGUGGAUCGGCCCUAAAUCCAUGGUCCAUGUCCGCCAGUUCGAGCCAGAGAGCUGCUCGGCUGGCAGCCAACUUGGGUUACGUGGGGGCCAAUAAAACAGAGGAUAUCCUCGACUUUCUUAGAAGGGUUCCAGCCAUGAAAUUGGUUGAAGCCGCGCCCACAACAAUCACGGCGGAGGAUCAGCGGAAUAACAUUGGUUUGCCAUUUGUGCCCGUGGUGGAGGGAUAUUGGAAUCAGGACUCUCAGGAGGAACAGUUCUACGAGGAGCCAUUCCUUACUCAGCACCCUAGCGACAUGUAUCAUUCGCAGAAUUUUAACAGCGAUGUGGCCUAUAUGACGGGUUACAAUACACACGAGGCCAUGCUGUUCAUAAGAAGACUUCGCAAGAAUCCCCAGUUGCUGAGCAUCAUUGAGAACGAUUUUGGCCGCCUGGUUCCGCAAGAUUUGAAUGUGACUGAAUCUCAUGAUAGGGUGACCCGCGAGAUAAGAUCCUUCUACUUGGGAAGCAAGCAUGUGGGCAUUGAAUCAGUGGACGAGAUGAUUGCGCUCCUCACGGAUCUCAUGUUCCUUCAGGGCAUCCGUCGCACAGCCCGAAAUCAUGCCAAGUUUGGAAAUGCACCUGUCUACAUGUACCGCUUCUCCUUCGACGGAUCUUUGGGGCUCUACAAACGGAUGCUGGGUAUUCCCCGACCUGGUGUUUGCCAUGGCGAUGAGCUGGGUUAUCUGUUCAAGUUCGGUUUCUUCAAUUUGAGCUUGGAUCCCAAGUCGAUGGAGGUACAGGUCAAGAAUCGAAUGGUGCGCAUGUGGACGAAUUUCGCGAAAUAUGGCUCUCCUACGCCUGAUUCCGAGGAUCCUAUGCUGACCACCAAGUGGGCACCAAUCGAUCCCACCAAUGUGAUGAACAGUCUCAACUAUAUGGAUAUCUCAGCCAAUCUGGCGAUGAAAACCAAUCCCGAGCCGGAGCGUCAGAGAUUCUGGGAUGAGAUGUAUCAGCAUUACAAUGGGGCUGCCAUGUAAAAAGACAUCCAAAUACCCUCACAAAACCACACACACACACACCACACACACUCACCCUCACACACUCUAUUUUCGUAUUGCCAUUUUGUGAAAGAUCGCACGAAACCCAGAAUAUUUAAAUGCAAAAUUCAUUGUACAAUUUUCGUAGCUCGUAGAAAUUGUUAGCUAUAUUUUUAGCUAUAUUGUUAGCAACUAUUUUGUAAGUGUUCCAGCAUUUAUUCACACCAACACCUAUUCACUUUCAUAACCCAACGUUGAGAUGCCUUUCCUUACUACACGUGUAUCCACAAUAACCAGGUGUAAAUAGUCAGAGUCUAUCUAAUGCAAACAUCCAAAACACGAUGUUAAUGUAAAUUAAACAUAUUAUAUUUU